AUGCUUCCCGACACGCUUGCCAGCGCGUAUUGGUGCUACAAGUCUGAUACAGACUACAUCGCUUCUUGGCUUGCCGUUACUGCCAAGGUACAUGGCUGCGUCUUCGAGGGUGAGGAGCCUGAACGGACAGGACGUCUCAAAGGGAAAGCAAAGAAAGCGGCGAAGGGACGAGCUUCCGACCAAACUCCACCAGCAAAGCAGCACACCAUCAAGAUCAAAGACUUUGUUCCGCUGGCCAGAUUCUUGGUCGACCGCAUGAAGCCUCCCAUAACGAUACCGACGUCUGUUAUUGCCUCUCUCUCCCAUAUUAUUCGGGUUCGUCGUGAUUUUGGCGGCAUGCUUGAGGAGCUCAAUUGUCAUCUUGAUCGCCAAUCUGUAUUCAACGCGCUGAGUAUUGGGCAAGCGUCUCAAGCGUGUCUCAAUUUACCUGAGGUCAAAGUCACCCAUACUACACACUUUUCGAGGAACGAAUACAUUAUAGAGCCGCAGACAUCCAAGGCAGAUGCUUUGCUUGCUUUACAUACCAUCUUGCAAGACAUCAAACAAACUCGGGUCUACAUUGCCGCACGGUGGAAAUCCCAAUGCUUCGAAGACAACCAUCCCCUCUCCAUUGCAGCACUCGCCGUCAUUUAG